GUUCUGGGAGUCGGUGCAAGAGCUGAAGGCUCUGCCACAACGGGAGGUGCAGGAGCGCGUGGCCGAGAUCUGGGCGGAUACCUGGCCGCCGACGCCAGCUGCCCUGUCAACGUGGACUCGCACUCGCAUGAGCUCACCAAGCGCAACAUGACGCAUCCCGAUCGGUGGAGUUUCGACACUGCUGCCGCGCACGUCUAUCAUCUAAUGAAGAGCGACAGUUACUCGAGAUACUUGCGAUCUGAAAUGUAUAAAGACUUCCUCAAUGGAUCAAAGAAAAAGGUAAAUAACUUCACACCAUACACUUCAAUCCUAUUUUGGAAUUCUUUUUUGUCGAUUAUUGAAAACUUUUCGGACUAUAUUAUUUUAAAAAUACAGUUCAAUACCAGUAGCAGCUUUAAGUUUCCCCGUAUUUUCGCAUAUUAUGAACUUGAAUAAAAUUUGAAAUUUGUA